AUGUUCUCUUUUAUAGCUCUAUCAAAGAGUUUCCCUACAUACCGUCCUGGUCCAUACCGUCCACCAGUCUUCCGUCCAUACGACUUUAACGAAUACGAGUAUGACGAAUCCAACCCAGGCAGCAUCCGCAUCUCAUACAGACACAACGCUUAUGAGUCCGACGAAGAUGGCAACGGUGUCCGCAUCAGCUACCACUGGCACAAUCCAUGGGACAUUGGUGCAUGGUACGAACGCAACGGUGAAGAAUACGACGAUGCUAAUCCAUGGGACAUUGGUGCAUGGUAUGAGCGCAACGACUAUGGUGUUUCCAUCGGCUACUCAUGGAACGGUGAAGAAUACGACGAAUCCAACCCAGGCAGCAUCCGCAUCUCCUACACACACAAUGACUAUGAAUAUGAUGAUGACAACUGGAGAGCUGGCGUAGAAGUCAGAUACCAAUGGAACGGUGAAGAAUACGAUGAUGCUAAUCCAUGGGACAUUGGUGCAUGGUACGAGCGCAAUGCCGAAGAAUACGACGAUGAUAACUGGAGAAUCGGCAUUGGAAUUAAGUACACAUGGAAAUAA